AUGACCGAGGAAAAGUUUGCGUCUGGCGGCGAGCAUCCCAUCCCCGAGUCGCCAGUUUCGCCCCCGAAUCCACCAUCUCCAGCGAGCAAAGCGGGAAAGAACCCUCUUCUGCUGAAGCCCGAAUACAAAACAGCUGUGAAAGACUUUGUUCGCAUAUUCUCCUUUUCGACAUGGCUCGACAGAGUACUCAUCAGUGCAGCUGUUGUGACCUCUAUAGGUGCUGGCAUUACUAUGCCCGUCAUGAACAUGAUCUUUGGCAAAAUGGUGGGAUCAUUCACGGGAUAUUACCGUGCCGAUGCUUCAACAACAUAUGAGCUCUUCAAAAAGACCAUAAGUACCUGCGCUCUAUACCUUGUUGGCCUUUUCUUCAUUAGGCUUGUACUUGAUUAUGUGGCCUACGCAUCUACAGUCGCAAACGAGAUAUUAAGCUCUAUGAGAAUGAUUGCAGCCUGUGGUGCCCAGGGGAAGAUGGCUAAAAGGUAUGUCAAAUGGGUGGACGAAUCUCGCCAUCGGGGUUUGAAGAUGUCUCCCAUCAUCGCACUGCAGCAAGCGCCAGUACAGUUUUCAAUAUACGCCGUCCUGAUGUCUAUCAUGCUCAUGACCACCUCUAUAGGUGGAAUCACCUCGCCCUUAUCCGCAGCUGCUCGGGCAGCUGGCGCGGCCACCGUUUUCUAUACCAUCAUUGACGCAGCAAGACCGGACAAAACAGGUCUUAAGGAACCAGACGUCUCUGCAUCCGAAGAUCUUGUACUUCAAGACGUUAACUUCGCAUAUCCUACCAGACCAGACCUUGUGAUCCUGAAUAAACUCAGUAUCCGAUUCCCUGUGGGGAAAACCACCGCAAUUGUUGGAGCAUCCGGGUCUGGAAAAACAACUAUUGUUGGGCUUCUGCUGCGAUGGUAUGAAAUCGAGUCUCUCGAGAGCAAUGAUAUGAGUCUGUUGUGGCGUAACGGCCUUGUCGAAGUUGGGGGUCGGCCCCUGAGAGAGAUCGACCUUAAGUGGUGGCGGACUCAAAUCGGCCUCGUGCAGCAAGAACCGUUUCUGUUCAACAGUAGCAUCUAUCGGAAUGUUGAGUUUGGUCUUAUAGGCACUGAAUGGGAAAAUGCCGAUCUGGAGACCAAGAAAGAGCUUGUAAAACAGGCUUGCAAGGAGGCCUUUGCCGACGAGUUCAUCAGCCGGUUACCCGAGGGUUACUCGACCAUUGUCGGCGAUGCGGGCAUCAAGCUGAGUGGCGGCCAACGUCAACGAAUAGCCAUCGCUCGAAGCAUUGUAAAGCGUCCGAAAAUUCUUAUUCUGGACGAGGCGACUUCUUCUAUUGAUGUUCGCGGGGAAAAGGUGGUACAGGCAGCCUUGGAAAAGCUGUCGAAAGAUCGCACGACUAUAGUGAUUGCACACCGGCUCGGUACCGUCAAGAAGGCUGACAACAUCAUAGUUCUACGGAAAGGUCAGGCUGUUCAGCAAGGCACGCACUCGGACCUUUUGGCCGAGGAGGGAGGCGCCUAUUGGACACUUGCUACUGCUCAGAAGCUUGUGAUGGAUUCAACCGACCUUAAUGAGCUACCGUGCGACCUUGGUGGCAAGCUGGAGGUUACGGAAUAUGACACACCCACAGCUGAUUCAGGGAGUACGAUGAUAACAACAAGCGCCAGUGUUGAUGAGGAGCUCAAAACGACAGGCGGCCUGAGAAACUACAUGCUCCUCCUUUGCGAGCAGAAAAAGCACUGGAAGUGGUAUAUUGUCUUGAUUGUGAGUGCAAUCGGCGGCGGAGCAAGUCAGCCGAUUUCCGCCUACCUCUUUGCAACAGAGCUCAUACUGUUCCAAUCUUGGGGUCCAUGGCUCCCAGGCCUCGCCAGCUUCUGGAGUCUGAUGUUUGUUAUGCUUGCUAUCUUGGUCGCGAUCUCUUACUUUGCAUUAGGAUGGUCGUCUUCGACAAUUGCAUUUCACAUCACACACCGAUAUCGUUGCGAGUACUUUGACAACAUCAUAUCCCAGCCUAUUGGCUUCUUUGACGCUGACGAUCACUCGGUUGGUGCACUUACAGCUCGUCUGGCGACUGAUCCAAGCCAACUUCAAGAAAUACUGGGCACCAACAUGGCUUUCGUGCUCAUUUCCAUUCUUAACGUCGUUGGCUGCCUGAUUAUAUCCUUCUACUUUGGAUGGAAACUGACCAUCGUCACGCUAUGCUCCUCGAUGCCGCUCAUCGUGGCAGCUUCUUUUCUUCGCAUUCGAUACGAAGCGCGGUUUGAGAAAAUGAACAAUGAGGUUUUUGCAGAGAGUGCCAAGUUCGCAACUGAGUCCAUCACUGCUUUUAGGACGGUUUCGGCUCUGACUCUAGAAGAUAUCAUCAUAGAGCGAUAUGAAACGCUCCUUCGAGAACAUGUCAAGCAUUCGUUUGGAAAGUCCAGUUGGGUUACCUUGAUAUUUGCCGUGGCCGACAGCAUCGCUCUUUUGUGCAUGGCUUUUGUUCUCUGGUAUGGUGGAUCUCUGAUGCUCAAGGGCGAAUACUGGCCAUUUCAGUACAUGAUCGUUUACAUUGCUGUCCUUCAGGGUGGAUUGGGAGCAGGCCAAUGGUUGAGCUACGGACCCAAUAUUGCAAAAGCGAGUGUUGCGGCAGAUAGGAUCCUUGAGAUGAGGGCCAAGGGCCAGGAAACCGAAACGCGCACUCCACUUGACCGAGGUAGCAUGGGCGACAAUGACAGCGGUGUUAAAGUCGAGUUCCGCAAUGUACGGUUCAGGUAUCCAACACGGGAUGUACCGGUGCUUAAUGGCCUUGACAUAACGGUUGAGAAAAACCAGUUUGCUGCCAUAGUCGGGCCUUCUGGUUGCGGAAAAACAACAGUGGUCUCACUUCUCGAAAGGUUUUAUUCCGCAGAUUCAGGCCAGAUCCUGUACAAUGGGACCGACAUCUCGGCCGUCUGCCUUGAAGACUACCGCAGAGAUAUAUCUCUUGUCUCACAAGAACCGAAUCUUUUCGAUGGGACAAUUAGAGAGAACAUACUCCUGGGAGUAGACCCUGAUACUACCACAGAAGAGCAGAUUCAACAGGCCUGUCGUGACGCCGAGAUCCACGAGUUUAUCAUAUCUCUCCCAGACGGAUACAAUACCGAGAUCGGAUCCAGGGGAGUGACAUUGUCUGGUGGGCAGAAACAACGCUUUGCCAUUGCAAGGGCCUUGAUACGGAAUCCUCGCUUGCUUCUCUUGGACGAAGCCACAUCAAAUCUGGAUGGCGAUACCGAAAGGGCGGUACAGGCUGUUUUCGAAAGGACCAGGAAGAACAGAACAAUGAUCAUGGUGGCUCACCGUCUUGCCACUAUCCAGAACGCUGAUAUCAUUUUUGUUCUUGGAGAUGGCCGCGUGUUGGAAAAAGGAAACCAUGCGACACUGUUGAAGAUGCGUGGAAUCUAUUACCAGAUGUGUCAAGCUCAAGCUCUGGACAGGUAG